AUGACUGUGCCUGCCUUUGGAUUCUCCGCCGGCGACUUUGUUAGCGCUGUGAAUUUGAUCGUCGACAUCACCAAAGCGUUGAAGAAUACAGGCGGCGCAGCAGAAGAUUAUCUUCAAGUACUGGCCGAUUUAAACCUUUUGAAAGACGUUUUGUCGCACCUCCAGCAACAGCAAACGGGCACGACGAGGCAAAGAAGCAGUAACCCCUUUGCAGAGCACGCGCGGAAACAAGCAGACCUCACUUUAUCUACACUCGCAAACUUCCUUGACCUGAUAUCCAAAUUCGAUGCUAGCCUGGGCCCUCAAAGAUCGCCAGCAUGGUACCGCGGUGUUGGUAGAAAGGCGCAGUGGGCGCUUGUCUAUUCGAAGCACGUCGAUGAUCUGCGUUCAAGGAUUGGGACACAGAUUCAGACAUUAAACCUUGUCACUCAACUACAGGAAGACGACCGAAACGACCUCAAUGAGCUGAAUAGCCAGCUCAGUAUGAUCAGAGUCCAGAAUGACCAGGUCCUAACACAACUCCAAGAACGUCGAAUUAUUAGUAUUGAAGAACUUCGAGAACAACUGAGUUUGCUUGACUUUCAGGACGACGAGCAUCAACCUGAUAAUGCACAUACGUCGCCUCAAGCUACUGAAAACUCUUUAUCAAGCACAAGUCACCGAACGGUAGUAACAGACUUGGAAGAGCCCGACGGUGAUGUGACUGCAGCCCUGGGAGAUCAGCCUAGUAAUCCCUCUCAACAAGACAUGACUAGCGUACAAGAAGAGACUACCCAGACGCUCUUACCAAAACUUAUCCGCGCUGUCACACGAGAUCUGCACAACCUCAUUAUGAAGGCCUGGUUAUUGUUCCCAGGGUUAAUGAGACAUUAUUCUCGCCUGUGCACGUCGAUCUCUAUGCCACCUCUCCUUGUACUUGCGGAGAAUAUCAGCUUUGAAGACGUGCUCGGGCGCCGAACGACGUUACAGUUUGACUUUUUCAGGCACUGGGCGAAUGUUGAUAUAUUUCUCAAUAAGCAAUUUGAGAACUGUCCAGGCCAACGGUAUAUUGCCAAGAAGCAAUAUUUCUUACUCGGUGCAGAUUUAGCUACCAAUAAGCCGAACUCCAAUGUUGAGAUUGCUUGGAAAGCAAUGGCCCGCCCCGGAUGCCAAAUCUCGAUGUCGAUAAAGAUGAUUACAGAACAGCAGGUUGUUUCAGACGCCAAGUGCCCCAACCCUGGCUGUAACGGCCGCUCACGUAAAAUAAGCGGCGAGGAAACUUUUACAUGCCAGAAGUGCGAUCUAGUGUACUCCAUGCUACCCAAAAUCCCGGUAGCAGAACCAGUAUACGGCUUAAUCCCACGCUGGCGACGGGGACAAGCCUCUGAAACAAAUCAAGACAUUGUCGGACUGGAUCAGCAAAUUGCUUGCUUCAAGAAAGUACACAUAUUGGCACCUGCGAUGAACGAAACUUCUACAUGUGGUGGCGAGACCGCCGAUUCGAGAUAA